AUGACACUUCGCUUGGUGAUCGUGAGAUUGAGGCUGCGGUGGGGAGUUUUGCUCUUCAUGUGGAGAGGUCAUGAAGAUUCUGUCUUGUGCGUAUCAAGGGAAUUGACGCACAUGAGAAGGCGCGGGAACUUAAUGGCAGCUACAUUGGAAUUGGAAGAAACAAAGCAGUUGUUCGUGUUCUUACUUUACCACCAAGACAUAGCACCCACGAACGUAUUGUUUGCUAUUGCGGACCUUGCCGCAUUCCUCACCGAGAUUUACCGUCUGGGAGUAUUAUGA